CGCACCCGUAUGUUUUCCUCGCGUGUACUCGGCAGUUUGCACUCGUUUGAAAAAAUCGAGGUAACUCGCGAUCAACGGUAAUUCAAACUCAAUCCGUCGCUAUAAACAAAACUUACCAGCCGUUUUCGAACUCGAAUUCGAUUUUUCUCGCUACCUCGUUCGAGCAGCUAUUGGCGGACAACUCGAAAGCAAGCCAAGCGGUCGGUACAAAACUAGCGAACGGACCACAAAUUUUUGGUUUUUUCUUCGUGCUGGCAUCAAAUUGGGCCGUUCAUCGUAAAUUUGUGUAUUAGGCCUUCGACGACAAGCUCCGAGCGGUAAAUAACGCGAAUUCUGUUCGUAAAAAGUGUUGACGAGACAAGGCGUGUGAGGAUUGCCGGAUUCAGCGGCGCUAGACUUCAGAAAUCAUCGUCGAAUCUCGGGAGUCCCCCGGGCGCAGGGUUGGUUUGGAGCCCGUUUAGCGAGCCAAAUCGAAACCCGCGCGGGAAAAACAGCUUAUUGCGGAUACAGGUGAAAUAUCGAAUUCGUCAAGAUUCCUGCCCUAAAAGGAUCCGGUACGAUGGGAAAGGACAUUGAUCCGGCUGAUAUAGGCAAGCACGCGGACCUGAUCAAGAAGGCGCAGGCCGACAUUAGCUCAACCGACGUGCUGGUUUGCGGUCGCUGCAAUACCGUCUUCCAUCUGCUGGAGUUGUUCCGAGCGCACAAGGAAAAUGAACCGAACUGUCGUCGUUCGUCGACCAGCAUACAGGAUUGCGACGAGGCACAGGCCAAGGUAUGGGCCUUUCUGCUGUGGAAAUCGGCCCAACGGAGCCUGGCGACGGCUAGCGAAGGCGACAAACCGAACCACAACAACUCGUGGAAGCUGUACCAGACAUGGGUGAAGCUGGAUGAAUCGGUCCGAGAUACCUGGAUCGUUGCUGGGAAAACUAUUCAAUCGUUUGCUAGGAUCGGCAGUGGAAACCUGCAGGAGAUGCCGGUGAAAAUCACCAAAACGAUUCUCGAAACAUCAACCGAUGCAGCGGACAAGAAACUCGGUACACCAGGCUCCGUUAAUCGUGUCGCGCCCCAGCUUCGGAAACCGGGCGAGCAACUGGCGGGCCGUCCUGCCCUGUCGACGCUUGAUCCAAAGCGUGGUACCAUAACUGGCACACCGACAAAACUGGACCAAACCUCUCCGAAGACACCGGUCAAGCGUGCGGUAGCGAAGCGUACCACUCCGGAUACGAAGGUCAUCACCGAGGAAGAGGUGGAAAAGAUUCUGGCCAAACGAUUCAGUCCAAUCAUUAAAAUGCACGAAUACCUGGUCAAGUGGAGCAAGCGAAACAACGAUGAGAACACCUGGGAACCGCUUACCCACCUUAACUCGUGCCAGGGUAUGUUGGAGUUUUUCGAAAAGCAGUUGGCAAAGCAGAAGGAACAGCGUGCGGCUACCGCUGCCCGGACUCUGCAGCAGCAGCGCCAGGAUAAGGCCAAACCAGCGGGUGCGGUUGGCACGGCGACGGCGACAACAACGCUAUCAACGCCUACUGCCGUUUUACCGAAAGGAUCACCGCGCAGCGCAAAGGCGACUGCCAUCGAUCGCGUAAAGCUGUGGACUUCCGGUAGCCGAUCGCCAGGUGAUACGGAUGGUACCGAUGGCGAGAACAAGGGAGUAGUGAAGCGCAAACUGAACGACAGUGACGCCGACAACAACGAUUCGUCGCAGGAUGGUUUAGGGAAGCGCGCUCGAACGGAUGUUACGGAAGCAUUGAGCAAGGUUUCGCAGAGUAGCAGCGUAAAGAUAUUCCCCAUUUCUACCGGUAAAGUCACGGUCAAUGGUGGCAGCGGAGGAGCGGGUACCAAUGCCGAUGGUACACAAAAGGAUGGGAACGCAGCUGAGGUAGUAAUUAAAUCACCGCGCGAUGCCAGCAUCCCCAGUGGCAUCACCAAGAAACCAGGCACGGUGGGAACUGUAACGAACCUCUCGCCUCGCGGGGAAGCAAAGGUGAAGAUCAUCAACCGAUCCGAGGCGGCGGGAACGCAUGGUAUUUUCAAAAUCAGCGACUCACCAACAGCACAAACGGCCACAACAGCGUCACCCGUAUCGACUACGACUACCAGCGCUGCAACCUUAUCUCCAAUUACGCGGACAGUUCCUAUCAGUACCAACGCAACUCCUGUGAGCACUACAAGCGGAGACGUCACGACCCGGUUCGUACGCCGCAACGUUGAUGGAACGUCCCAGCUGUUCAAGCAGACCAUUCGCAAAGCCACAAAGAUUGUUUCGACCACACCAACGACAGCGGCGGCUUCGGGUACAGCAACGGUACAGCGACCGGCCACCAAUGUCGGUGUUCGUACCAUCGCUAACAAUGCCGGAGCAUCUGUCACUGCCACUGGAGUACAGAAGACAACAACGGUCAUCGGUGGUGCCCAGACGCGCACAACACUGACGCCACGUGCCGUUUCCGCGGGAACAGCAGUGAGCGCGAAUCGCACUGGCCUAACAACGGUCAAAUCUCCUCCGGGAGUAGUACGAACAGGUAUCUCUGCGGCAGCGACCCCUUCCUCGGAAGAUAAAAUCAAUGCUCUACGCAAACAGGGCCUUAAUGUGGUGAAGAGAGUCGGCACCCCAGGGGCCGCUGCUAGUCCAGCCGUUUCCUCGGCCAAAAAAGUCCCGACCAAAUCAGCCACAAUGAAGAAUGAAGAUGAGGACGAGGAAAUGGGUGAUGGAUUCCCCGGGAACCUACCAUUGCCGGCACCUCCGAGCCCACCGCGUGCACUCACCUUAUGUCCGGUGACCGGUAAAGUGCUUUCACAGGCGGAAGGAGAACCGACGCCGGUUCCGAGCCCCGACGAAGCGGAGGCUGCCGAUGAAAAGAAAGAGGACGAAUCGAAGGUUGGGGAACAGCAGCAACUAACGGAACAGCAGCUGGAGGUGGAUCAAAUGCUGGCCAAUGAGGAUGGUUCAGCUUUCCUCGUGGCCAGUGAGGAUGGCACACUGUACCGUGUGGCGGGAAAGAACGCCGACGGUCAAACCAUUCUUAUUCCCCACGGAGGGAACGAUGGACAGAGCUGUCUAUUGAUGGCGGCGCAGGAGGGUGAAGAUGAGGCCACAAACGGUGGUUCGUCGGGUGUUCUUACGCUCAAUUCAGCCAUCUCGGAGGCAGUUUCCAUGCCGCAAGAAGAGGGUCAGCAGAUAAUGGAAGAACAGGAAGCGCAGAUGCAGAUAGUUGGCAAUCAGCAGCUGACGAUACAGACCGAGGACUCGCAAGAUGGACAAAUAACAGCUGAAAUAGUGCAAGCGGGUGCCCCGUCACCGGGUGGUACUAGACGCGUCGUGUUGAUGCUUCCCAAUGGGUCCCUUAUGAUGACCGAAGUGACCGAUGAGCAGUACCAAUCACUCAACUUGACCAACCCGACUGAGGAAUAGAUUUUCCUUUGCUUUAGUUACGCCUUUAAUUAAUUACUUAAGUAUUGCUCUUAUAAUUUUCUGAUUAGUUAAGCAUUCGUGUGUUUUAGCCAUGGCUUUUCUCCAGAACAAUGAUGUUCUCAUAAUUUUUUUUUUAAUUUCCUCUCUUACACCACCCAUCUGGAUCAUGGUUAGGGUGAUAUAGGACAACAAACGCAGUAAAGACGUUCUUAAGGAUUCUAAUGAUUGUAUAGAAGUACAAUGAAAUAUUAGCAUAUGUAGGCAAUAGGUAUAGGUUUGUGAUGAGCUGUCUGAAGAAAAGCAGUUUAAAUGAUAAAUCCAUAAGCCUGAGAAUAGUAGAUCAGACAAGCUUCCGAUUACAGUUUGAACACCCCUUAAACUGAUCAGUUUCAUUCUAGACUUAACUGUCUCUCUUUUCACACGCGCCUGUUCGUAGCUUUGAUCAUCUUCUUGAGACCAUCAGAUGUAUGGCGAUGUAUCGGGCGGUCUGCCGUAAUUUAAUCUAAUGUAGCAACCGCAGCAGUACAAUGAGUCCGGUGACAUCAUUUUUACUAUUCUUCAAUAAAUAUUGAUAACAGU